GGGCACGGGCAAAUAAUGCCAGAGAAGGAGGGAGCCAGGCAGGAGGGGGAGACCUGAACCCGUCGCUGAGCCACGAAGGCACAUCAGCACUCCGUGGGAUGGACGCUCCUGGGAGCAAAAAAUUCUGAGAGGCAGAGGCAGAAGGAGAGCGCUGGCGUGGGCAGGGCAGAGUUAGGAGAGGAGCAGGUCGCAGCGGAGAAGUAGCUCUUCGGGAGGGGAAAAAAAUAAACCUAGGCUGGAGGCGAGCGAGGACUGCAGAGAGACUUCCCUGAUUCCUCCGGUCCGGCUGAGGCAUUUCAUGGUGAGAUGGAGAAACCGGCCGCUUCCCCCUUCCUCUGACGCUGGCUCGGCACGGCUGGAGCAGGCGGCAGCCCUCGGCAGGACCCGGGCGCGUGCCCAGGAGCGAUCGCAAUGGCAGCGCUGGUCCCAGCUCGCCAGAGGUGAAACCUGGAGCUGCCCAGUCCCACGUGAGUGCUGCUGCAUGAGUGCCCACGCCCCGCCAGCUCCCGCGGCCCCCUGACAUCCGAUGACAGAGCGAGCCAUGGGCAGCGUCCGAGUCAAUCGGUACAGCAUCGUGUCAACCGAAGAGGAUGGACAGAAGGUCUCUGCGCUGGGCAGCAUGAACGGGCACAGCCGGAACGGGAAGGGCCACGCUCCCCGGCGGAAGCACCGCAACCGCUUUGUGAAGAAGAACGGCCAGUGCAACGUUUACUUUGCCAACCUGAGCAACAAAUCUCAGCGCUACAUGGCCGACAUCUUCACCACCUGUGUGGACACGCGCUGGCGAUACAUGCUGAUGAUCUUCUCGGCCGCCUUCCUGGUCUCCUGGCUCUUCUUCGGCUUCCUCUUCUGGUGCAUUGCUUUCUUCCACGGCGACCUCAAUGCACCGGCGGUGGCAGGUGGUCCCUCUCUCCUCAAGCCCUGCAUCAUGCACGUGAACAGCUUCCUGGGGGCUUUUCUUUUCUCAGUGGAGACGCAGACAACCAUUGGGUAUGGCUUCCGCUGCGUGACUGAGGAGUGCCCGCUGGCUAUCAUGGCAGUUGUAGUCCAGUCCAUCGUGGGCUGCGUGAUUGACUCCUUCAUGAUUGGCACUAUCAUGGCCAAGAUGGCAAGGCCCAAGAAGCGGGCCCAGACCCUCCUCUUCAGCCAUCAUGCGGUCAUCUCCGUGCGGGAUGGCAAACUGUGUCUCAUGUGGAGGGUGGGCAACCUGAGGAGGAGUCACAUCGUGGAGGCCCAUGUCCGAGCUCAGCUCAUCAAGCCCUACAUGACAGAGGAAGGGGAAUACCUCCCCCUGGACCAGCGGGACCUAAAUGUGGGCUACGAUGUGGGUCUUGAUCGUAUAUUUUUGGUCUCACCCAUUAUUAUCGUUCAUGAGAUUGAUGAGGAGAGCCCCCUUUAUGGGAUUGGCAAGGAAGAGCUGGAGACGGAGAACUUUGAGAUUGUGGUUAUUCUGGAGGGGAUGGUGGAAGCCACAGCCAUGACCACACAGGCACGGAGCUCUUACCUUGCUAGUGAAAUCCUUUGGGGUCACCGCUUUGAACCAGUUGUGUUUGAGGAGAAGAACCACUACAAAGUGGAUUACUCACGCUUUCACAAGACGUACGAGGUGGCUGGCACACCUUGCUGCUCAGCCCGGGAGCUGCAAGAAAGCAAGAUGACCAUCCUACCUUCUCCACCACCUCCCAGUGCCUUCUGCUACGAGAAUGAGCUGGCACUUGUCAGUCAAGAUGAAGAUGAAGAUGAUGAUGAAGUGGGUGUGGUGUUAGGGGGCAACACCAAGGAGGAGGGAGGUAUCAUCCAGAUGAUGGAUUUUGGAAGCCACCUGGACCUGGAGCGGCUCCAGGCAACUCUGCCCCUAGAUACAAUCUCAUACCGCAGGGAGUCAGCCAUCUAACUCCUCCAGCCUCCCCGUUCUGCACCCACUGCCCACAGUCUCCUCUGUUCCGUACCCAUACACUGGAUAAGCCCCUUCACCACCAAACAAUGCCUCCCAUGAUUGCCUCUCAGCCCCCGAGUACACCAAAGCCUGGAGCUGCUCUGAUACACUCCCUUUCUCAUGAGGUCAUACAGCCUGGGAGAGGAGUGAGGAUACACUACUCUUCUCGGGUAUGCAGCUCGGGCUAGAACCCCUUUCCUGCCCAGAGACAGGAGAGCAGCAGGCCUGGUCUCUUGUCUCUGGAGAGGUGACAGGAGUCCCUGCCUUCAGUGGACAGAUUGGGACCCACAGCAAGUGUUUCUGCUACUGAGGCAACAGCAAACAUUCUGUCCCCUCUCACCUUGGGUAGGCCCCAUGGCUGUCAAGGGUCAUCGCUGUCACUAGGAGAGGAGCGACACCUAAGCACUGACCAGAUGAGGAUAGAAGGGAGAGUUUGGGACUCCUGGAGGGAGUGGGGAAGGAUCUCAAGGGAGGAGUUUAUUUGCAUGUUUGUUGCUUGUUGCACAUGAUUCUGUAUAUAAAAGAGAAGGAGAACUGAAAUCCAUAUUCUUCCACUGCAAACGCCAAGCUAGGAGACAAGGACGCUCUGCAUAAGCCACUCUGCAGUCUCCUUGGCUUUUGGUGUCUGUCACCUCCAGAAGCAGCUCAGCUCCACGGACUCAGAUCCAGUUCUCCCAGUCCUCUUGAAAAACAUGUCCUGCUCCUCUCCUGAGAUACCUGGCGGAGGAGGCAGGGCCUUGUGCUUGCCACACUCAGACUGCUCCCUGGCACAGCACAGCCGGGAUGACAGACAGGUGACCUGACUGGACAGCAGACCCUCCAUUUGCUCCUUUUGCCUCCUCCAUUCUUCUCCCUGCUGCCAUCAGCUGUAAAACUGAAUUUGUAACUAUUUAUUUUUAAUAAAGUCUAAAAUCCCAAGGGGAGGUUUGGAAGCAAAGGAGAGACUCCAAGGCUGCAGCCUGUUGUGGAGACUGAUGAGGGUUAUUAACACAGCUGUUUGCUAUUUGUAUGGCAUUGGACCCUGGAAGCUCCACUGCGAGGGCUCUCUUGUUCUGGGCCUCUCUGAUAAAAACCUACAAUAAGAGGCUCAGAGAAUUUGCUCAGGGAGAAGGUCAUACAAAUGUAUGUAUGGAGGGAAUAAUUUGCAUUAAAAUUACCAGUAGGAUGGGUCAAGCAAUCUUGUUUGCUUUGGAGAUAAGUGAGGGUUUUGCCCAGGGAAGGGUUAUAGAUAGACAUGGUGAAGAGGCAGAGAUGUGCAAGACAUUGCUCUAGAUGGAAGGCUUAAAAACCCCAUUAAAAACCCCAAAGCCUUUCUUUUUGCUAGAUUCAAGUGGAGGGAAAAUGAGGGAGGACAUCAACCAAAGCUAGACCUGUAACACCUCUUUGUUGUCAUUUCACAAAAGAGCUGAAAACCUGAUGAGCAUCUUCCUUCAGGAGCAGCAGAAUCACCCCUCCAAAACUGCAGAUGAGGUGAGGACAGAAAGACAAACAGGAAACUCAGGAAGCUGCUCUGGGCACCCAAUAGCUGUGCUGUGGUGGGGAAGAAAUUAUGUCCCACCUAAUCCUUGAUCUACAAAGCAGAAAAAAACAUCUCAAUAUCAAUUUGGAAUUGGUUCAAGAAGCAAAAGGAAGAGAGGAAGAAGCAGAAGAGUAAGGAAGGAAAUAGCAGGGCUGAGAGGAAGAAGCAGACAUAGCAGGCAGCUGGUGGAGAAGGAAGGGGAAAAGAGGAAGAGAAAGUGAGGUUAUAUGGAAGUGCAUUUGAGAAAGAGCACAAAUAGACUCACAAGAUGUGUCUAGACCUAGACACGGUCAUUUCUCACCCCAGGAUGUAGGUUCUGUGGGGUGGCAGCUGUCCUGCCCGGGUUUGCUCCAUUUGCCACCACUCUCUGGGCCCAGCCAUGCAGCCAGUUUUCUACCCAACGAACAGUGCACCCAUUCAAUUUCUCCAGGCAGCCAAUUUCUCCAGGACAAAUGCUUUGGGAGACAGUGCCAAAGGCUUUACGGAAGUGCAGGUAGACAUCCUCCAGAGCCUUUCCCUCACCCACUAAGCGGGUCACUUUGCCACAGAAGGAGAUCAGGUUGCUCAAGCAGGACCUGCCUUUCCCAAACCCAUGCUGGCUGGGCCUGAUUCCCUGGCUGUGCUGUAUGAUGGCAAGGUGAAUUGCUCCAUGACCUUUCCUGGCACUGAGGUCAGGCUGACAGGGCUGUAGUUCCCCAGAUCCUCCUUCCAACAAUUUUUGUAGAUGGAUGUCACACUGGCUAACCUCCAGUCACCUGGGAUCUCCCUGGCUAGCCAGGACUGCUGAGAAAGGAUGGAAAGUGUCUUGAUGAGCUUUUCUGCCAGUUUUCUCAGUGCCCUUAGUUGGAUCCCAUCCAGCCCCACAGACUUGGGAGUGUCUAAGCAGUGUAGGAGGUCUCUGAGCAUUCCCUCCUGGAUUAUGGGGCUUCAUUGUGUUCCCUGUCCCUGUCUUCCAGCUCAGGGGACUGGGUACCCUGAGGACAACUGGUCUCACUAUUAAAAACUGAGGCAAAGAAGACGUUAAGUACCUCAGUCUCUACCUCGCUCCUGUAGUGAUCCUCGGCUCCAGAGUCCAUCUGCCAGAGCAGUUUGCCUCAGAGCCUUCACUGAAAUAAUGGAUACACUGGAUUUUGAGUGGCCCCCAUCCCUCCUGGUUCUGCCAGUGCUGAGGCAGAGCUGUCUCUCCUCAGAACUCCAAUGCUCCCCACUUGGGAACUGGGGUGCCUCUCUCAGUACUGAAUUCGAGAAUUUGCUGGUUUAGGAAGUGAAGUUACUCCUUUCAUUAUUUACUUAUUUUCCCCCGAGGGAAUAAGUGGGGGCUGGUAUUGACCUGGCUUUUAAUACAGCUUUCAGAGUCGUGUGUCUGCCACUGGCCAUGGAAACAAACUAAUGGACCGAGAGAGAAGGACUUUGCGUGCGAGGACAUGGGCAUUCAGGACACAGGCUGGGGUGGUGGCCUUCAGGAGAGGGGGAACCCUCAUGGCUGGGCACCCCCCUCACGGACGUACAGCAUCCUUUGGAGGUGGGUGGCAGUGCUUGGUGGGGAUGAAGCGUCCCGUUAGCUCUUGGGAGGCUCAUCAAUCACCAAGGAGCAAGUGUGCAGAGAUGCCAGACAAGGAUGAUGCACCAGGACCAUGGGCAUGCACAGCUGGAGUGGCUGGGACAACAGGUCAGCACUGGCACCCCUCACUUCACCUGGUGGGGCUUUUGGGAGAAAAACGGGACAAGAUUGCAAUAAAUCUGAGGGAACAAGCAUCGUUCAGCCAUACUGGUUCCAGGCCCUUCCAUAUGUCUGAACCUGCUGGACGUUUUCAUGUCACGGUGGAGAAGACAGUGAGGCAUUGAAGAAUACCCAGCUAAACCCCUGCUGUUCAAAAUAAAAUUGCAAGAAAGA